AUGGCACGGUACCUUGACGUCAAGCAGGAUGACGAACUCUUUGCUGCACGUCUGCAGGAAGUGAAUAGAGAGAUGGAUACGCUACUGCAUAAGACCUCACGGACGCGCCACGAGAUGGACCGCACCGCCGAAGAGGUACGCAUGGGUGUUCCGCUACACUUCUAUCCCAUGGCAGGGGUAAACACAGUUGGCAGCUCCGCGCAGCGCUUCAAUCUCCUUCACCAGACGGCCUCCAUCGACGAUGGCGGUGUGAUAAGCAAUGCUUUGCAAAAUGAUCUCACGCGCGGGGUGGUGUCCGCGGAACUCACGCAGUGGAUGCGCACGCACCUCCCCACCCUUGUCGCACCUCUCGUGGACGUGCAGGUGCAGCGACACCUGCAACAACUACGCACCACCGUCGAGGAUGUGCAGUCACGCCAGGCACAAGUCGAACAAAGCUUCAAGGAGACAGCAGAGCAGCUGCGGGCACAUCGACGCGAUAUGCAAUCAGGCCUCGCCGCAAUGCAACGGAGUGUGCAACAUGACUUGGAUGAGCAUCAACACACCCUGGAAAGCCGUCUGAACACGUGGAAGGAGGAGAUGCAGCGUGUCAAGGAUGAUAUACGAACACUGCAGGAGCAACGUCGGGGGGAGACGGGGCGGGUUGACCGACGAAUGGACGAGUCGUUGCAGCGUGGACAGCAACUCAUGCAGGACACGUUUGCGAAUCUCGAGCGCGACCUUCAGCGGUGGCGCCAAUCUCUGCAAAGAGACGUGGAGCAGGACACACAGGUCGUACGCACCCAACACGACUCGCUGGAGGGACACGUGGCGCAGCUGCAGGGCGCGCUGUCGAGCACGGCGAAUAUGGCAACCCGCUGCUCGACGGAGAUUCAGCGUUUGAUGGAAGCCUCGGUGGCCCGCUCCAGUGAGGUGCGCCUGUGCCGGCGAGAUGUGAAUCGUCUGGAGAUGCUGAUGCAGUGCACGGCGUUGCAAACGGCUACUGGGCUGAAAGUGCCUGCGGCUGGUGCUGCUGGUGCUGAGAGUGGUGAGAGGGACAAUGCAACGAGUAAAAAUAGUUUAUCCGAGGAGGGUGGUGACGGCAGCGCACCUGCUCACCAAGCUGUGGUAGCGCUCACCCAGGAAGUCGCGCACAUCAACGAUAAGGUGCAGGCGGUGGUGGACCGCAUGGACGGCCUUGAUCGACAGGUACGCCAGCUGGACGUUGCACUGGUACGGGGGAUAGCAGUAGCGAUGCCGCGCAGCUCCUUCAUAGACAUUGGGCAGGACACGGCGGAGGAAAGCCUAUUCGGCCGCAGCGUUGCGUCGACGCGUCACCCAAGCAACAGCCAGCUCUCCAGCGUGCACACCAGUCGUAGCGGCUUCAGCAACGUGCGUCACAUCCCUAGCCAAACCUCAGCCGUGUACCAAGACAACAUCACCAACAGAAACGUGGUAAACGACCUGCACGGCAGGUCUGAAGGAAACAGUCCGUCCUUCGUUCACUCUGCUACGCAGCCAGUCGGCAUCACGUCGCGUCCGUCCCACUUUGCCGCCAGCGCCAACACUGGCAAUUUCUCCCUUCGCCAUGUCGAGAACGGUCCCGCGCGCGCCGGCGCGGAGCCCUCCGGUGUGUACCGGCCCCCCACCUCGCACCUCAGCAACAGCAGCCUGCCCUUUGAGGACGACGCGGACGACCCGCACCCGAUGCCAAUCGUUGUCAGCGACGGCCGCCCCGCACCGGGUGUCGUGUCCAGCAGGGUGGUGACUUCGCGGAGUUUCGUCGGGGGACGGGAGGGAUCGUCGCCGCCGCAACGCCGAGCGCCACCGCGUGUCAUUCCGGUAGAGACGGUUGCGCCGUCGCCGGUCAGGGAGAAGGCUGCGGCGGGUGCCAUUGAAAGCACACCGACUGGCUCCCCUGGCAAGCCGACGCCAAACGUGGGUGGGAAUAGUGGUGCGCACAACAGCAGCAAGCAGCGUAGGAGCAGCAGCAGCAGCCAAAGCGCUCGAAGUGACGAAAACGGAGAGAGGUCGGGCCACGGCAACGACGACAAACGACUCGAUAAGUCUCCUUUUAGCUUCUCACUGGAUCGCUAUGGCGGUGCGUACGCUGCGGGCGGCGGCGAUGGCCGUGUGGCCCCCACAAACCCAACGGAGCCGCCCGCGACCGCCGCGGACGCCGCAGCAUCUCCUGCUGACUCGUACGUGAGUGACACUCCUGCUGCGGCGGAGGAGAGCCCUGUGGCGUCGCGAGACCUGCUUGAUCGUUACACCCCGGCCCCCGCGAGUGAUUCGGAGGGCGAACGGGACAAUGAGGUCAUCUCCCGCUCGGCAUUGGAUUAG